AUGGUUGGCCUCCGCAGCGUCAGUCAUGAACCAAAAGAGCUGGUGUCCUCACUGUGCGAGGAGGGCGCCUAUUGGUCUCGCUCGCUUGCAGGCACACGCCGCAUCGUUGGGUGGAAGGCCAAGUUUGACACCGCAUUUCCUGCUUUCUUGCAGGGACUGCAACUGGAUGGCUACAGCCCGGCAUUGAACCUUGCUUUUGAAUACCAUGGUGAGCAACAUUACCAACCCGACAGCUAUUUCAACUUCGGGGACUUGUCCAAGUUCCAAAGGCAGCAAGAGAGGGACUCACGAAAAGUGCAACUCUGUGCCCAAGCUGGGGUCCGCCUUGUCGUGGUGCCCUUUUUCGUGAAGGACAAACACAGUUUUGUGCGUCUGGCACUGCUGCAGUGGUUCUCUGUGCACCCCUCCCUGCGCAUACCCAGAACCUUCAAGCGCUUUGCAGGCCUUUGCGUUGAGCUGCUGCAGCGCCAGAAGAUUCGCGCCGCGGGGGCCAACGAAACCCUGAUGAAGGUGGUCUCCAACCCGGUGGAGAAGUACUUGCCGCCCGGAUGCCGGCGCUUUGGCAUGUCGGUGGGCGGCCGGCCGGCCUGGGCUGACCACACUGGCGUAGCUGAUUCUGAGAUGACCCUCUGCCUCUUUCUGACUCCGUUCCUUUUCACCAACUCUCAGGUCAAAAUGCGAGACUUCGCGGCGGAGCUAGAUGCCGCUGGGCAGCUGCCCUAG